GCAACAGCACUCAAUGUUGAAGGUUUCCUGUGAUGUCUCAGCAACCAAAGGAUCUUGCCAUUCCAAGUGAAGCCUCUACAUCUCAGGAAGGCCAGCAAAACAGGACACUGAAAGUCACCUUGCUGAGUAGUGAGUGGAGAUCAUCAACUGAUAGAGAAUUUUCUACUAUAAGUAGAGAGCUUGCUAUACAGUUAGCUAAGCAACCUGAUGUGGAAGUUAGUGUCUUUCUUCCUAAAUGCAGUGAAGAAGACAAAAGAAAUGCCAUAAGUCACAGUAUUCAGCUUGUUGAAGCAGAUAAACUGCCUGGCUUUGAACCAAUUCUUUGGUUGUUGUCUGUACCCAGAAACCAUGGUAUGGACUGUGUUAUAGGACACGGAGUGCAUCUUGGCCGACAAAUUCCACUCAUAAAGAGGAUUCAAGACUGUAGAUGGAUUCAAAUUGUUCACAGUGUUCCUGAGGAAGUGGGAAUAUACAAGAACAUUUCAGAAGGAGAGCAACUGCAGCAAACAGAAGUAGAACUUUGUCAGAUGGCAGAUGAGGUCGUAGCAAUUGGACCCAAAGUAGCAGAUGCUUACAAACGCUUUCUUUGUUUUGUUAAAAAGGAGCAAAACGUUUUUGAUCUCACCCCCAGCAUUUUUUCUGAAUUCUUGGAUGUUGAACAUGCAACUGAGGAUAGGAAAAAAUUCUGUGUUUUAGUGAUUGGAAGUGAUAACAGCUGUGAAGAUUUUAAUUUAAAAGGUUUUGAUAUUGCUGCCAAAGCAAUUGCUGAGAUGAAAGAUACAUCCUACCAACUGAGGUUUCUUUAUUCACCAAAAGAGAAAGGAGAGGAAAUUAGAGAAAAGUUGCUUCGGCAUGGCAUCAGUCCCAAUCAGCUAACUUUUCGUAGCUCUAAAGACUGCAGAGCACUGGCCAACUUGUUCUGUGAGGUGGAUGUUGCUGUAAUGCCAUCAAGGAUGGAAGGUUUUGGGAUACCAGCUCUUGAGGCUUUAUCUGCUGGACUUCCUGUACUUAUCAGUGGUAAUUCAGGACUUGGAGAAGCUCUCAGAAAAGUGCCCCUUGGGUCACAAUGUGUGAUAGACUCUGAAGAUCCUAAAGACUGGGCCAGAGAAAUCAAAGCUGUUCGUCAAAAGAGUAGGACAGUGCGCCUUAGGGAGUCAAAGCUUCUUCGUGACUGUUAUCAAGAAACUUAUGAAUGGGAGAAGCCUUGCAAGAUCCUAGUGGCAAAGAUGCAGAACCUUGCGUAUGGCUCAUCGGAAAUCAGGUCAACUACAUCAGUCAGUAAUAAGAGGCCAUGGUCCCCUGCCAUUGCUGAUCAACCUCCCAAGAGAAUCAGACAAAAGUUGACUCAUCGUAAUCAGCACAGUGCCCUGGAAGGCUCCUCUGGUUGCCAUUUUCAGGAUUCAUCUGUUGAAUAUGGACAAUUUCCUUCAGCUCCUGGCAAAUUCAGUUUUCAGAGCAAACACAUUCAGAGUCGUAAAAACCCCACAUCUGAGGAAGGAGAUUUGUCUGAAGAUCGUGCUCUUCGUUUGUUUACGAAAUUUCUCAAAAGAGAGUACAACAGACGGGCCCUUAUAAAACCCCUCCUCUGGGACAGCACCUUCAGGCUACGUCUUGAUGAUGUUUAUACUAGAUUGUCAAUCGUCUCAAGAAGAAUAACUGAUUCCAAGUUGGAAGACAAUGAAGUGAACAUGUUUGACGUCUUUAACACUCUGAACAAAGGUGACGAUGCCAUGGUUCUAGUGGAAGGAAGCCCUGGAAUUGGAAAGACAACUUUUUGUCUUAAAAUCUGUCAUGACUGGGCAAACAAAAAAAUCCCAGAUGAAUCCACUUUCCCAGUUUUUAAACUUCUGCUGCUACUGAAAUGCCGAGAUAUCCGUGAGAAUAUACGCGAAGCCAUUUUUGAUCAGCUCUUCCCCAAUGAUAUGGAGAAAGAGGCUAAGAAAAGGCUGCUAGAUUACAUCGAGGACAUUCAUAAUCAGCCGAGCAUCUUGAUCGUUUUGGAUGGCCUUGAUGAGCUUCCCGAAACAGCUGAAAACCAUGUGAACGAGUUACUAGAUAGACAACGUUGGUCAUUUUGCCAUAUAUUGGCUACAUCUCGUCAAGAAAAAGGAAUUUUAGUGCGGCAGAAUGGAAACUUUGCUGUUCUUCUUCAAAUUAAGGGGUUCACCGAAGCAGACGCAUUCCAAUACAUUAGAAAGCACUUUGUUCGUGUCGAUGAACAAAAAGGAGAGUGGCUUAUUCAGGCAAUUCAAGAAAACACCUUCCUACAANGCUCGUAA